AUCCAUUUCCCUGCAUCAACUUCCAUUCAUCUUGUCCUACUUCGUAGUACCUUAUAAACCAACCAGAAAGUAAAACAAUGGCAAACUCAACCUCCAUCUCAAAACCCAGAGUCAUCGUCGACCCGCAAACCCUCUCGCAGCGACGAACGACCCGCCCCCGGACCCAAGCCCAGAUCACAGAUAUCCGGCAGACGAAGGAGUACAAAGUCGCCGCUAGACGGUGGUUGUCGACUAUUGUGGCGUUGCCGAUAUUUCUGUAUACGUCCUGGGUGUUGUAUGAUCGGACGUAUGGGAAUAGUCAACCCAAACGGUUGGGGAGGCAGUCUACGGAGGAGAAGGAGAAGGAGAAGGAGAAGGAAUAGAUUCUUUUAAUAGGAUUGUAUAUUAGAGUGUUGACGUUGAUUUUCGUUCCUGUCUUGAUGCGAUAGAUUGUACCAAUCCAACUCCCCAU